AUGCCGUCGCGGCAGGCGCUGCCGGCGAUCACACUUGGAAGGAAAUGGUGGAACUGGGGUCCUGCGUUGAUGCCCGUCAUCGGCGUGGCCCUGAUAUUGUUCAAAACCUUCAUCAUCAUCUUCGGACUUCAGCUGCUGCGCUAUGCGGCAAUCAUGGAGUCCCGGAGAAAGUGGAGGUUCAAACUCCUUGGCUUGAGCAUGGCGAUGGCAGUGGGGCCCCUCUGCGAGGUCUCGGCCUACGCUUUCGCGCCGCAGUCGCUCUUGGCCCCGCUGGAUGGCUUCGAUGUAAUUUGGAACAUCCUGUUGGCCCCCUACACUCUGGGCGAGAGCCUCACGAGCAGCAAAUUGCUGGGCUCAGGAUUUGUUUUCGCGGGCGCCGUGUCAGCGCCAAUGUUCGGUCCCCACAGCAAGCCACCAGAGACCAUGGAGGAUCUUCGAGAGAAGUUUGUCAGCCGAUCUUUUCUGGGGUGGAUCCUCGUCUGUAUCUCACUAUCUUUUUUCGCAUGCCUCACUAUGCCGCCAAAGAAUGGCGUGCGGCCGCCGGCCCGGCGGGGUUUGCUCCUGGCAAUGGCGGGAGGCUUCCUUGCCGGUCAGAGGUAUUUCAUGUCCUCCACUGCCACAGUAUUGCAUACUUCCUUUGAUGAGGGCAACUGGGACAUGUGGUAUGAUCCGCUGGCCUACUUCAUUCUCGGAGGUAUGCUGUUUUGCGCUGCCAUGAAUGCAGUGCUGCUGAACAAAGGCUUGGCCGAAUUUGAGGCCAUGAUGAUGAUCCCAACUUUCGUUGGAACUUCAAUUGUGACCACGAGUGUUUCGGCCGCCGUCAUCUUGAAAGAGACGGCGCAGCUGAUCGCUUGGAGGCUGCUCGGCUACUGGCUCGGCAUUCUGCUGGUCGUGACGGGCCUUCUCAUCAUCGCGAGGGACGCCCGGCGACAGCUCGACGGCUGUGAAGACGAUGCCAGCCAGCAGGCGCAGGGGCGACGGCUGAUCGUCGGUUCUGAACAGAACCGUGUGGUGGUGCCCGUAGACAUCGCCACAGUGCCCCGAUUGGCCAACUGA